AUGAAUGACGUUGUCCGCUCAUAACUGUGCUCUACUCAAUUUGGGAUUUUUCUGUGUCAUCCUCAGUUAUCCUCAUUAAUACUAAUUAGAUUUAGCAAACUUGAAAUAACGCACCGUUUUUAUAAUGUUUAUAAUGUCCUCAAACGGUAUAUUGCGGAACGUUGAAAUCAGAUGGCCUAGGCCUACUCCUCAAAUAACGGGCAGCACGUUGUAAUAUUUUCAGGCGUCAGCCAGCCACGCAUUUUUAUUUUUCCCAAAUUUCAAGGAGCGUUCAAGUGAUCGAUUCCUUUACCGGAUAUGUAGACUUGUUUAUAUGCAUUGGCAAGUAGCGUACUUUUAUUUAAGGUUUAUUUGAUUCUCUGGAAUACCUAAAUAUUCUAAAUUAUAUUCAUAUUUGAACUAAUGCAUUUAACUUGAAUUUAGAUGGAGUUUCUUGUGCUAGUAUGCUGCGAAACUUCUAGAGCUGUGGGCCAUUGUCGCUUGCAGUCGCAGACGCUACUUUGAAUAAAUUCCUUUGCAAGUAGGCCUAGUUAGGCAAAAGGAAGCUGCAAGUCGAAACGUUGUUGCAGGCUACAAAAAUGGCAAGUAAUGAAAUGAAGCAAAGGAAGAAGACCACGGCUCAGAAACAAAAUGACGAACCGGUUGAAACAUCAAAGUACACUUCCGAAGAUGAAGCAAAGACAGCAAAAGCUACGGAAGGAAAUAGAUUGGCUGAAUGUAAAAGCUCCUCGCCGUCCUCCCUGGAUCUGAAAACGAUAACUUGUCUGCUUUCACUGAUAGUUUGCAUAGUGCUUACUUGGGUGGUAUUGCAGCAGAAUGCAAGGUUCUCCGACGUGGAAGAAAAGUACAAACUACUGUCUGGGAAGACUGCAAGGCUCCUUGAAAUGGAGGAGGAAGUCAUCAAGGUGUCCAAGAAGUGCGAGGUCAUCCAGAUCCUGUUGGAGCAUCUAGGGAGGCAGCCUGGUGGUCUCCUGCCCCACUUUGAGGCCCUGGAGCGGGAUGUAAGCCAGCUGAAGGACUGGGCGUCCGGCCUAAUGGAGAAACGCAGCCUGCUCCAGGACAGCGUGGCGGCGCUGACCAAGGCUGUGGGACAAAUCGAGGGACGCACCUCUGCCAUCACUAAGGAUGUCAACACUAAGGUGGCGUCGGUGCGGACGGACGUGCGUCGGAUGGAUGGGCUUCAGUCGGAGGUGGAGUCUCUCCUGGAGAAGGUACGGGUGCUGGAGGAGAGGGCCACCCAGGCCGAACGCAGCAUGGUCAAACGCAUCGGCGACCUGCUGGCCGGCAGCAUUGACCGCAUCCAGGGCCUCAAGGCCGCCACGGAGCGCAACGCCCAAGCCCUGGAGCAGCUCAAACGCCGCCUCCCUGAGCUGUUCGCAAACGACCGGCAGAUCUCGGCGCGCCUGAGGGAGCUGGAGAGCGGCCGUGCCCGAUUGGUCCGCACGGUGACCUUUGCCGGCGACCUCAAGCCCAAGGUGGCGGCCAUCAAGCGGGACUUCGGGGCGCUGGCUCCGCAGGUGGAUGAGCUGACCCUGAGGAUUGGCCGUCUGGCCGAGGAUCUGACCAAAAGGGAGGAGGACAUCGCGGAGCUACGGCAGACGUUCGCUAACCUCAGCGCUGUGGAGGAGGACCUAGGAGUUGUGACACAGCAGUUGAGUCAGAUAGUUGAGCCUGAGAUGCCCGUAGUGGGAGGAGAGAUGCUUCUGCAGAAGGUCAACGUGAGUGAAGCCCUCCCUCAGACACUGGAAGGAGAGCUGUGAAGGAGUGCUUUUUUAUAAGCUAUAGAUCUACAGAGUAAAUGGCAAACUUUCAGCUUGUCACCAAUCAUUCCCUUACAAUAACUUGCACAUUUUUGUAAAUCUCAAACAGAGUUUGCUGAUCUCUCUGUACACACAUGGUCGACCCCACCUAGCCCUUACAACAGGUACUUCUGGAUUUACCCUCAGAGAUCUUGAUUAAUGUAAGCAAUAUGGUGGAAACCCCAGAAGAUCAGGUUACUUCCCCUAUACAUUCCAGUAUACUUUCCAUUUACUGUAUACCUAUACAGAUCUUCAGGGGAUUGAGCGGUAAGUGCUAGGGGUUAGGUUGAGACUAACUGGGCCUUUUGUCUAGAAUGCUGACUAACUUAUGUUGCUUUACAAAUUGUUUCUUUGAAUGAACCUGGCCUAUGAGUAGGUUGACGUUAAUUGGGAUGAAUCUUGUCCAGGAGGCAGAGCAAUUUCCACUAGAUGGGCCAGUGGCAAAGUCAAAAUUGGCUAUAUAUCGUCAAAAUUCAUGAAAAUGUGCUUUUUGGU